CCCUCUUGAACAACCCCCUUUUAAAUAACCCCCAAAUCAAAACCUCAGCAGCGACGACAGGCGACAAUGGCCAACACAUCGUUCUCAUCGCAACCGUCGUCGAUUAGUUAGUCUCUCCAGCAGUUCAUCAGGAAGGAAAGAAGGAACCAUGCCGUUCAAUCCAUUCGCCGACUUUAUUUCCAGUGGCAUGCCCUCGCAAGAGGAGCUCGAUGCCAAGGCCAGGAGCCGUAUCGGAGAAAAAUCCGUCAAUGCCCAAAAGCUACAAGAUGAAAACUUUGGACCCGACAUUCGGGCCAUGGACCCUUACAUGAGACCGGAAAGCCGAUCCUUCAACAAAUUCCAAUGGAAGAUGUCCGCUCUCAAAAAUUCCGAACAUGGAAUUGUCUGUUCCUGGAAGGCUGCUGCAGCGUAUGCCAAUACCGAACAGGCCACGAGGGAUGCCAUUCUAGCCAAAAUUCAAGCCGAAAAGGAAGGUAGUACCAGUGAUUAAACUACCACGAUCCUGCAUCAUUUUAAAAUUCAUCUUGUGGCCUUUCCAAAUGCAUUUGACUUUUUAUUCAUUGCCUAACGAAAGUAAUUGCUAGUAAACUGUUUACUAAUUCUUGU